GGACUAGCGGCAGACAAGCCUUUUGCAGCAAAAGCUUGGCCGGCCGAAUGGCGGUCCAGACCGCGGGCCUGUCCAGCGCGCACUGUGCGCUGCCUCCGCAUCAGGCCACCGCGCUCCUGGGGCAGCCCUCCCUCAGCUGUUUCUUCGCCGGCCUGUUCGUGCCAGUCCUGCCCGUCCUGCCAGUCCCUGCCGCCGGAAUCUGCCAUGCUGCCGGCCUGCGCGCACAGGCUCCCUAUCCGUCAUUCUCAAAUAUGCCAACCGCCCCGCGCCGAUGCCACGAUCCCGAUGCAGCACAAUGACGAUCCCUUCCCCUCCCCCCAAUAAUGCGUCAAUGCCCGAGCUGCCCGACGUCCUCGCCCGCCUCGGCCUGACCGACUACCUCACCGCGCUCACCAGCAAUGGCUUCCACAACUGGGAGACCGUCCUCGACAUCACCGAAGAAGACCUGACUGCCCUGAGCUUCAAGCUCGGCCACCGCCGCACCCUGCAGCGCGAAAUCGCCACCUACCGAGGCGUGCCCGCUACGCUCGCCUUGGAGUCCGACAGCGCCCCCAACGACCAGACCUCGCUCUCGACGUCGGCGCUGGAGUGCCUGGCCCGCCAGACAUCCACGCCGCCGCCGCGAGAGAAGAGGAGGUACAGGCGCCACCCGCGGCCGGACAGCAAUGCACCCAAGAAGCCAAAGACAGCCUACGUAAACUUUGCUGACCAGCUCCGGACCGAUCCGGAAAUCAGCGCUCUUUCUUUUGUGGACAUAGCGAAAGAGGUGGGCCGAAGAUGGCAGGAGCUGCCCCCGGAAAAGAAGCGUGUCUGGGAGAGCCAAGCAGCCCGAGCAAUGCAAGAGUACGAGGCCCAGAUGGACGAAUAUAAAAAGACCGACAGCUGGCGCAAGUACCAAGUCUACCUGGCAGACUUCAAAGCCCAACAGCAAGUCGCGCAUGGAAAGCGUUCCAACUCCGGCCGUACAGGAUCCUUCAACCGUAGAGACAACUACUCUCGUGCGAGCCCCAGCUCUUCUGACAGUCCAGUGUCCGUCCCUUCUUCUUCCUCUACUGGCACUGAGGCCGAGGUGUGCCACAAUGCCCUCACACUGGCAUUUAGUGAGUUGGUCUGUCUCCGGGGCGAAAUCCUAGGCCAGGGCGUGCAGCCAUACGAUGAACGCCACCUACCGCCCGAAACACUCACCCGCCGGGCAAUGUACGCUUUCGUCCAAGGCACCGGGUCGCUAUUGUACAUGUGGACAUACGUCCAGGUUGACGAGAUCCUCGAUCGCAUUUACAGACCGCAGAAGCCCGUAGACGCCAUGACCCUCGCAGAGUGCUUCACCGUUGCCUCCAUGGGCGCUCAUUAUGACAUGGACUGUUUCCCAGAUCGGAUACGGAGAGUCCUAUACGCCUCUGGCACCCUCUCUUUCCACGAGAAAACGGCAAGAAUUGACUACUUUCGCACCAUGCGCCUUCUGCUAUCCAUGUCCUUCUACGCGCUGCUUGAAAAGCACAUGAGUGCACGAUAUCUGAUCGCGGCUGGCUUACAGAUUGCGCGCUGGAAGUGUCCUGUCCUGCUCAGCUCCAACAGCGGGGACGUGAGCGAUUGCUGGAGGCGAAUAUUCCGUAGUCUGAUCUUCAUGGACUGUUGGCUGUCUUAUACUUUGGGCUACACGUCCGAGGUGACGGACAGUGAUAUCUCCAUCGCGUGUGGCGCAUACCGCCCCGAGUUAGCCACCAUUGACGAGCAGAUCCAUACGCAGACCAGCAAGGUGGCGUUGAUUGCAGCCGAGAUCUCGAAGACGCUAGCGUCGCCAGAGCUGGCAACGCGAGAAAACAUAGCUAUGCUCACCGGCAAGCUCGAAACCUGGCGUAUGGAGGUGCCACUCAUGCUCCAAAUCCCGACCCUGACUUCGGACAACCCUCCCGACCUGACGCUCUAUCAGAGGCGAGCCAUCCUCAUGGUUCAUAUCAUGUACCUUGGCGCCCUUAUCCUUCUUUACCGGCAAUUACUCGUUGCUACUGCCGAAACGCAUCUCACGGACGGCGCUGCAUGGGGUCUGAAUCUAACCCUCGAAGAUGCUAAACGAUAUAGGAACGAGUGCGCGAUAGCGGGCCAACAGAUUGCACGCAUCCUGCGGCUCAUCUCUUUCGACGGCACUCUGACGAAGCGCUGCUGGCUUAUCAUCUAUUGGGCUUUCACGGCAUGCAUCGUCCUCUUUUUCACUGCUACGACCAAGCUCCUCGAAGGCCAACCCGACGGUGUAGAGCAAGACCUCGCAUACGGUAAAGGCUGCAUGGACAUGCUCGAGCCAUGUCGAGACUUCGAACCGCUAGCCGCCCGUUACCUUGAGACUCUCUGGCCUCUGUAUGACACACUUCGCGAUAUUCACCACCGAAUGAUGGGGAGGGCAAAGACACGCAUCUUUUCGCUCAUUCAAGCAGACCCCACCCAACUCAGCCCUCCAAUCCCGGUUUCGAAGACGGAGAUGGGUCCCAUCUCGGAAAAGCUGUCUGUUCUGCUGACGGACCCGUUCGGACGCAAGCAGAAUCUACCUGGCGACAAUGGCAUGAGGCGCCUGCUCAAUGCUGAUGGAUCUUGUUCGGUAUUCUGGUGGAAGUGAGCUGGGUCAAGAUGUUGUCUUCUUUCGCGAAUGUGGUCGCCGUCGCUCAUUUCCAGGUUUGCAGAUGCAUGCGGUGUCGGUUGCGGGAUUGGAGAUAGCCAUUGAACGGUCGUUAUCUACCGUAGAAUGAGUGUUGCCGAUGGGAUAGUUUGCAGCGGACAGGAGAGGGAAAGGAGGAAGGGGUGUUUGCAAACGACAUGGAAGUCGAAGAUUCACGAAUUCCAAAUACCUCGAGAUUCUCCUGAGUGGAGACGCGACGAGGAGGAACGGUCCCGACGAACCCUACCGGUCUGGCGGGAGGACCCUUAGACUGCCCGCUAGACUUGGCCCUAACCAGCCGCGUGGGAUUUGUGGCGCGCUGAUGAGGAGCCGGUCUUCGCUAGUGAAGAACUACUGAGGCCAUGGUGUAGGGGAAGGGGAGUUGAACCGAGAGUUGUAGAUUGGUUCGUGCCUUAGUCCGUAGCUCUACACAGC